AUGGCGGAACUGACGCUCGAUACGCUCGUCGACGACAACAACUAUCUAGGCUCUGAACGAGCACGACUCGAAAAUAAGGCAAUCCUCGAUGAGCUGGAACGCAAGAAGAAGGCCCGGAGUAUGGCCGUGCCUACCGAUGAUAAUCGAGUGAAGGCACGGCUGCGAGAGCUCGGAGAGCCCAUUACUCUCUUCGGUGAAAGAGCAGCAGAUCGUCGCGACCGUUUGAUAUACGUCCUGUCGGAGAUACAAGCUGCGAAGGGCGACGAUGCCAUGCAACUGGACGAGGAGUCUACGGAAGAGGAGGAGGAAGAAGAGCAAGAGGAGUUCUACACCCCAGGCUCACUCGAGCUCCGGGAGGCCCGAAGGCGAUUAGCAGAGUUUUCUCUCCCGAGAGCUCAAAAGCGAGUCGCCCAACAGCGCAUAGACAGUAAAUUGCCUCUCGGAAGGAUAAUUGAUAUGCGCAAGAAGAUCUUUGCCGAAGUGAAGGCAUUCGCCAAUUUAGGAUCACAAAUUGGCGAUGAACGGCCUAUAGCUCAAGUUCGCUUCGCGCCCAAUAGCCAGAUUCUAGCGACAGGUAGUUGGUCCGGGAACGUGAAGCUCUGGAACAUCCCCAAUUGCACGCCCAUUCGUACGCUACGAGGACAUACCGACCGAGUUGGCGGAGUUGCGUGGCACCCUGAAGCAACUCUCUCUCAAAGCGAAGAUGCCGUAAACUUGGUUAGUGGCGCAGGAGAUAUGAAUCUCCAUUUAUGGUCACUAAAAAGCGAUACGCCUCUGUCCACUCUGAAAGGUCACGCUGAUCGCGUCUGCAGAGUGGCCUUUCAUCCGUCGGGCGACUACGUAGCGUCCGCCUCGUUCGAUACGACUUGGCGUCUUUGGGACGUCGCAACAUCAAAAGAGCUGCUCUUACAGGAAGGGCACUCCAAGGAAGUCUACACAGUAGAAUUCCAAGACGACGGUGCGCUAGUAGCUUCUGGAGGGCUUGACGCAAUAGGCCGCGUGUGGGACCUGAGGACCGGAAGGACUGCCAUGGUCCUUGACGGCCACGUCCAAGCCAUCCUAUCAACAUCUUUCUCGCCCAAUGGAUACCAAAUAGCCACCGGCGCCGGAGACGAUACCAUCCGCAUAUGGGAUAUGCGGUCCCUGAAGGCGCUCUACACAAUCCCGGCACACGUCUCAAACGUCGCCGACGUGCGCUUCUACCGCAACACUGGUGUGCCCCUCCCCACGAAAGAGGAAGAGGAAUGGCACUACCGGUCGGGAUCUUACCUUGCCAGUGCAGGUUAUGACGGGUACGUCAAGCUAUGGAGCGCGGACGACUGGCAGCUGCUCCGCACCCUCUCGACGGAUUCCAGCAAAGUCAUGUCUGUUGACUUAUCGAGGGACUCGAAGUACCUUGUGUCUGGGACGUAUAACCGUAAUUUCCAGCUAUUUGCUCCAGAGGAUGUUCUAAGCUAG